UCCGUAGCUCAGACCUCGCUGCGUGGUCCCGCGGCUGGGUCCACGGGCUCCCGCCUCCAGCCAUGUCCACAGUGGAGGCCUUGCCCCCGGCGGACGCCCCCGAGGCGAGGGGCAGAGCCAAGUCCAGCAGUCCCCGCGCCGUGCCGGUGUUUGGGACGGUGCACCGGGCUGAGGACAGGCAGAGUAUUUUCAAGCCGAUGGACCUCAAUCUUAUCAUCAAACUCCUUGAAGAGGAUGAUUUGGACUCAGAAGAAAAACAACUUAAUUGUAUCAAAAAACUGGUGUGCUGUUAUCAGAACGGAUUUCCUCUAAGAGAUUUGUCACAGAUAUUUAAAAUUCUGAGUCUGUGUGCAGAAAAAAUUGAAAAACAACCCUCUUUUGUUGAUCCUGCAUCUGACAUCAUAAAAUUGUUUGGCUUGCCAUUUUUAAAAAAGAAAGUAUCGGAUGAAAUAACUUAUACUGAAGAUACUGCUAAUGCAAUUGCAUUUCUGGGUAAAUUAAUGGAAAUACCAAGUUCUAAAUUAAGGAUACAAAUUUGUAAGUGUAUUGUUGACUUCUAUCACACAGAAUCAUCAAAAAAGCACAUUCCAGGCUACCAGCAAGUUAGCUCCUCAUACAAGAUUAAAAUGGCUGAGGUCGGAGAAUUGGCAACAUCAAUGGUCCAGUCAGUUCUCCUGACUGAAAAUCAGCUUGUUGAGAAACUCUGGGUUCUUAAAGUUCUUCAGCAUCUCUCUACUUCUGAUGUUAAUUGCACUUUAAUGGUGAAAGCCCAAGCAGCCAGCAGAAUCUGUGCUCACCUCAAUGACCCAGAUCCCUCAGGACAGCUUCUAUUUCGUUCAUCAGACGUACUUUGGAAUUUAUUGGAAAAAUCUUCAAAAGAGGAAAUCGUACCACAGCUUAGUAACUUGGAAUGCCUGCUGGCUUUGAAGGAUGUAUUUAAAAAUUUGUUUAUGAGGGGCCAUAGUCAUUAUGAUCGUCAACUUAGAAAUGAUAUAUUAGUUUUGACCACAAUUAUCGCUCAGAACCCCGGAGCACCAAUGAUUGAAUGUGGCUUUACCAGGGAUUUGAUACUAUUUGCAACUUUUAAUGAAGUUAAAAGUCAAAAUCCUUUGGUAAAAAGUCUUAAGCUUUCUAAUGCCUAUGAAGAUUUUGAGUUGAAGAAGCUGCUGUUCAACAUAAUUGUAAUCUUAUGUAAAGAUUUAACUACUGUACAGCUUUUAAUUGAUGGCAAAGUCAUUUUGGCUUUGUUUAGCUAUGUCAAAAAGGCUGAGAAACUCAAAAUCGUUGAGUGGUCUGCUGCACAGUACGAAGAGCUACAGCUGCAUGCCAUUGCCACCUUGUCCUCAGUGGCGCCUCUGUUAAUAGAUGAUUAUAUGUCCUGCCGUGGCAAUGCUCAAGUCCUGGCUUUCCUCCAGUGGUGUGAUCACGAGGAUUCCUUCUUCAUUCAUGGUAACAGUUUCCAUGGUACAGGCGGCCGUGGAAACAAGUUUGCCCAGAUGCGUUACACUUUACGACUCCUCAGAGCUAUGGUUUAUCUCGAAGAUGAGAUGGUGAACACAGAUCUUUGUGAACAGGGGGUUAUUCAUCAACUGAUAGGAAUCUUUAAAAAUAUGAUAAACAGACUUGAUGAAAAGGAAGAGGCCAUUAUCUUAGAAAUCCAGUCUGACAUCUUACUUAUCCUGUCAGGCCUUUGUGAAAAUUUUAUUAAAAGGAAGGAAAUGUUUGGAGCUGAAGGAGUUGACAUCAUUCUUCAUGUAAUGAAAACAGACCACAAGAAGUUACAGAGUGGCUUAGGCUACAAUGUCCUUCUCUUCAGUACAUUAGACUGCAUUUGGUGCUGCAUUUUGGGAUGGUAUAGUUCUGAGGAUUAUUUUCUCGAAAAGGAAGGGAUUUUUCUCCUUUUGGAUAUAUUGGCAUUGGACCAAAAAAAAUUCUGUAAUCUGAUACUUGGAAUAAUGGUUGAAUUUUGUGAUAAUCCCAAAACUUCUGCUCACAUCAAUGCUUGGAGAGGGAAGAAAGGCCUGACUGCUGCUAGUCUUUUAAUUAAACUGUGGAGAAAGGAAGAAAAAGAACUAGGAGUAAAACGUGAUAAAAAUGGCAUGAUCGUUGAUACAAAGAGACCUCUAUUUACUAGUUUUCAAGAAGAGCAAACGACCAUGCCCCUUCCUGCUAACUGCCCAUCUAUUGCAGUUAUGGAUGUCUCUGAGAAUAUCAGAGCAAAAGUUUAUGCCGUGUUGGGCAAACUAGGUUUUGAAAACUUACCUGGCCUAUCUGCUGAAGAUUUUGUCACCCUCUGUAUAAUACAUAGAUACCUUGAUUUUAAAGUUGGGGAAAUAUGGAAUGAAAUAUUUGAAGAAAUAAAGUUGGAAAAGUUAAAAUUAGUUGAUUCAGAUGAAGACUCUUUGAAUUUUAUUAUAGCAGCAUCAGAAAAUGUUGGAAAGAUGGUUGCUUCCUUGCAAAGUGAGAUGAUCGAAAGCCAAGCACGCCAAGAUGUGCAAAAUGAACAAAGAGCAUAUGCAAAGAUACAGGCCACACACAAGCAAAGAGAUCUGGCUAACAAGUCAUGGGACUACUUCAUGGCUAGAACAUCAAAUGCUAAAACAUUAAAGAAAGCAAAAAGGCUUCAAGAAAAGGCUAUAGAAUCCUCUAAAUGUAUUGAAUGUCCACAAAAUGCAAUAUAUCACCGAACAAUUAUUAAAGGUCUGAACACAACGGUUCCUUCAGGUCAGGUGGUCACAGUGGAAAGCACUCCUGCCCGAUUAUUGGGAGGACAUCUGGCUGACACUGACAUUGCUCUUAAAAAACUGCCUAUUCAAGGAGGAGCCUUGCAGAAGGUGAAAAUGAAGACACUGAAUGAGCCUAAAAAGGGCAUCCCUAUCUGAUGUUCUCUGGAACCUUUUGAAAUAAAUCCUAUGUGGAACUUUUUAGAUGUAAAAGGUUGUAAAACAACUUGUAAAACAACUUUUUGAAUAUAUAUUUAUAUAUAAAUG